AUGGUACUGUUGGAGAAGCAAUGGGUGAAUGUCCAAGAGAAAACCUUUACCAAGUGGUUGAACAAUAAGAUAGCCCCCCGCGAAGUCUCCGUCAAAUCCCUUGUAACCGACCUUUCCGACGGAAUCAUACUCAUCCACCUGCUUGAAGUCCUCAGCAAUGAAUCGCUGGGCAGAUAUGCCUCCAACCCGAGGCUGCGGGUGCAGAAGUUCGAGAAUGUCAACAAGUCGCUGGAGUUCAUCAAAAACCGGGGUAUUCAGAUGACCAACAUUGGCGCCGAGGAUGUAGUCGAUGGGAACAGAAAGAUCAUCCUGGGGCUAAUAUGGACCCUUAUCCUGCGGUUCACCAUUUCCGACAUCAACGAAGAGGGCAUGACGGCAAAAGAGGGUCUGCUCUUAUGGUGCCAGCGAAAGACAGCCUGUUAUGAAGGCGUCGAGGUGCGGGACUUUUCCACUUCUUGGAACGAUGGCCUGGCAUUCUGUGCCCUCCUCGACAUUCAUAGGCCGGAUCUUAUCGAUUUCGACACCUUGGAUAAAUCGGACCACAGAGGCAAUAUGAAAUUAGCCUUCGACAUUGCCAGCAAAGAGAUUGGGAUACCAGACUUGCUCGAUGUUGAAGAUGUUGCGGACGUGCCUCGACCAGACGAAAGGUCACUGAUGACAUACAUCGCCUACUGGUUCCACGCAUUUAGUGCAAUGGAGAGGGUGGAGAAUGCCGGACGGCGAGUGGAAAAGUUUGUCAGCAACAUGCAAGGUGCAUGGGAGAUGGAGACGGCGUAUGAGAAACGCAUGCGCGCCCUGCUGCAACAGAUCAGGCAACAGCGACAAGCCUGGCACAACUCUAGGUUCGAAGGGACGUACGCCGACGCAAAGGCACAAGCCAACGAAUUGGCCAGCUACAAGCGGAAUCAGAAGAGGAAGUGGGUGGCAGAGAAAUCAGACCUCGCCGCCCUUCUUGGUAACAUCAAAACCAAACUCUCAACCUACCGUCUGCGACCAUAUGAACCGCCGGCUGAACUUCGACUCGAGGUGCUCGAUCAUGAAUGGGCGGCACUGAGUACCGACGAACAUGCACGUAGCAAACUCAUCAAUGAAACCAUCCGAGACAUCAAGAAUGCGCUGAGGCGGAGUUUUGCGGACAAAGCCAACGACUUUGCCCUCACUCUCAACACGCUUUCGUUGGCUGUGUCCGGUCUGGAAGGCGACGUGGAAGACCAACUGCAGCAUGCGCAGAGACUAUCGGCCAACUUGGCGCCUCUGGAACAGUAUCUGGAAGGAAUAGCCAUCCUCGACGAGAAGUGCCAGGAGGCAAACAUUGACGAAAACGACUUCACCACCUACACUUAUGAUGAAUUAAUGUACGAGUUGAGCUUGGUCAAGGCCAGCGUGCAGAAAAAGUUGACCUUCUUGGAAAAUCAGAUGGUGGCCAGAAAUAUGACUAAUCUGACCCCAAUUCAGCUUGAGGAAUUUGAGUCCGUCUUCCGACACUUCGACCGGGAUGGGACAAAUACUCUCCACGAAUUAGAAUUCAGUGCGGCGUUGGCUAGUCUGGGGUUGGUAUACGACGAACAGGAGAUGCAUGAGAAGUAUUUGGAAGUCUGUCAUAGUGGGAUAGAUCCCUCCAUGUCACCUGUCUCUCGCCGACAGCGGGAAAGUCGAGGGGUGGGCUUUGAGCAAUUCAUUCGCUUCAUGGUGUCUGUUACGGAAGACCAGAAUAGCGCCGAACAGGUCUUCCAGUCAUUCAGGGAGGUUGCUGAUGGGAAGCCUUAUGUGACCGAAAUGGAUCUGCGACACUCACUCAUCCCCGACGAUCUGAUCGAAGACUUGUUGCACAGCAUGCCCGAACACAAUGGCCCAGACCUUGAAGUGGACCGUGGUGUGCCAAAGUACGAUUAUAUUUCCUUUAUGCAGGCCAUGAUUGGGGAUGAUCACGACGGGUCGAGCGAGGGCAGUAACGACAGAGCUCGGGAAAAUGGUGCAAAGACCCCUACGACGCCCAGGCGGUAG